UAAGAAUGCGAGACACCAAUAAAAAAAGAGAAGAAGAUCGCUUCUUUGAAUAACUCGCUAGUCACCAUCUCUUUUCAAUUCGAUUCGCAUUUAAACAAAUACUUUAACACCAAGAAGGCUCAAAUGGCAACAGAAAGCGAAGAGAACGGCACGGAAAUGCAAACUGAGGUUGAGGCGUCAGCUUAUUUGCUUGCUCGGUGUAAGCUGGAGAACCUCCUCAAUAAGAGCAUGAGGAUCCGAAUGACAGACGGGCGCACGCUGGUGGGUCUCUUCCUGUGCACAGACAGAGACUGCAACGUCAUCCUGGGAUCUGCACAAGAGUUCCUCAAAUCCACAGAUUCUUUCGCACAAGGUGAGCCCAGGGUGUUGGGACUGGCGAUGAUCCCUGGCCAUCAUGUGGUUUCUAUAGAAGUCGAAUCUGAAAGCCUUCAGAUGACCACCCAUGGACUCUGACAAAUUGAUAUACUUUUGAGGUCACCAUAUGGACUACACAGGAUGUAGUUUCCACACACACACAUUUUUUUUCCAAGAUCCACUUUAGCUGGAGUUAUUCACACCAAAUGGAUUUUUCUUUAUUCUUCAGGGGACUCCAAUUCCAUUCACAGUGGGUUGGUCCUCUAUGUUGAGAAGAAUAAUAACAGCAUAAUAUGAACUGUACCUUUUUAUUUUUGAAUCUGCUUGCAUGUAAGUGGUGCACAUUGUGUGUAAUUAUUGACACUUUCAUUUUUCAAUAAGAGAUCUAAUCUUU